AUGAAAGGGAAGAAACUAAUACAAAGGGUUCAACAACAUGAAAAAUGUGUAUUUUCCUUUCCUUCCCUUUCAGGAAAUGAUAACAGUGAAGCCCUUCCAGAGUCUAUCCCAUCUGCUCCUGGAACACUGCCUCAUUUUAUGGAGGAACCAGAUGAUGCCUACAUCAUAAAAAGCAACCCCAUUGUCUUACGCUGUAAAGCUAUGCCAGCUAUGCAGAUUUUCUUCAAGUGCAAUGGUGAAUGGGUCCAUCAAAAUGAGCACGUGUCUGAGGAAAGCAUGGAUGAGACCACAGGAUUGAAGGUUCGAGAGGUGUUCAUCAACGUGACGAGACAGCAGGUGGAAGAUUUUCAUGGGCCAGAAGAUUACUGGUGUCAGUGUGUUGCAUGGAGCCACCUAGGGACCUCCAAGAGUAGGAAGGCAUCUGUUCGCAUAGCUUAUUUACGGAAAAACUUUGAGCAAGACCCCCAGGGGAAGGAGGUUCCUAUCGAAGGGAUGAUCGUCCUCCACUGCCGCCCGCCGGAGGGAGUCCCUGCAGCUGAGGUGGAAUGGCUGAAGAACGAGGAGCCCAUAGACUCCAACCUGGAUGAGAACAUUGACACCAGAGCAGACCACAACCUCAUCAUUCGCCAGGCGCGUCUCUCUGACUCGGGAAACUACACCUGCAUGGCUGCCAACAUCGUUGCCAAGAGGAGGAGCAUGUCUGCCACAGUCGUGGUCUAUGUGAACGGCGGGUGGUCGUCCUGGACCGAGUGGUCGAGCUGCAACGCGCGCUGCGGCCGGGGCUGGCAGAAGCGAUCGCGGACCUGCACCAACCCCGCCCCGCUCAACGGAGGUGCCUUUUGCGAAGGGAUGUCCGUGCAGAAAAUCACCUGCACCUCCCUUUGCCCGGUGGAUGGAAACUGGGAGGUGUGGAGCGAGUGGUCUGUGUGCAGCCCCGAGUGUGAGCACCUGCGAGUGCGGGAAUGUAUCGCGCCGCCUCCGAGAAACGGAGGGAAGUACUGCGAGGGCUUGAGCCAGGAGUCAGAGAACUGCACCGAAGGCCUUUGCAUCCAGGAUAAAAAACCUCUUCAUGAAAUAAAAUCCCAAAAUAUCGAGACUGCCAGUGACAUCGCCCUCUACUCCGGCCUGGGAGCAGCAGUCAUUGCUGUGGCUGUGCUGGUGGUUGGCGUCACCCUGUACAGACGGAGUCAGAGUGAGUACGGCGUGGAUGUGAUUGAUUCAUCUGCACUGACAGGAGGCUUCCAGACAUUUAAUUUUAAAACAGUCAGACAAGGCAACUCCCUGCUCUUGAACUCCUCCAUGCAGCCGGACCUGACGGUGAGCAGGACGUACAGUGGCCCCAUCUGCCUCCAGGACCCCCUGGACAAGGAGCUGAUGACGGAGUCCUCGCUGUUCAACCCGCUGUCAGACAUCAAAGUCAAAGUGCAGAGUUCCUUCAUGGUGUCCUUAGGGGUGACGGAGAGGGCCGAGUACCACGGGAAGGCACAUUCUGGAACUUUUCCUCACGGCAAUAACAGAUCUUUUGGUACAAUACAGGCUAGAAACAAGGCUACGUACAUUCAGAACCUGUCUUCUAUUUCAACAAGUGAGCUGAAGACAACUGCCAUCUUUGGACACCUGGGUGGCCGUUUAGUGGUUCCAAACACAGGAGUCAGUUUGUUGAUACCACAUGGAGCUAUUCCUGAGGAGACUUCAUGGGAAAUCUAUCUCGCCAUCACUCAGAGGGAGUCCAGCCUACAGCCAGAAGGCACAGAUGUUCUCCUAGGACCAGAAGUAACUUGUGGGCCUGCAGAUUUGUCUGUCAGCACGCCCUUCGCCUUGACCAUACCACACUGCGCAGAAGUAAAUUCAGAGCACUGGAAUAUUCACUUGAAAAAAAGGACACAACAAGGAAAAUGGGAGGAAGUGAUGUCUGUGGAAGAGGAAACUACUUCUUGCUACUGCCUGUUGGAUCCUUAUGCCUGUCACAUUCUCUUAAACAGCUUUGGAACUUAUGCUCUUAUUGGAGAACCGAUCUCUGACUGUGCCGUUCGACAGCUGAAAGUCGCGGUUUUUGGCUGCCUGUCUUGCAAUUCUCUGGAUUACAAUCUGAGAGUAUAUUGUAUGGAUAACACACCUUGUGCAUUUCAGGAAGUGGUUUCGGAUGAAAGACUCCAAGGAGGACAAUUACUGGAGGAACCCAAACUUCUGCAUUUCAAAGGGAAUACCUUCAGUCUUCAGAUCUCUGUCCUUGAUAUCCCUCCUUUCCUUUGGAGAAUUAAACCAUUUACUGCGUGCCAGGAGGUGCCGUUCUCCCGCGUGUGGCGCAGCGGCCGGGCACCGCUGCACUGCGCCUUCUCCCUGGAGCGCUACACGCCCGCCACCACCCAGCUCUCCUGCAAGGUCUGCGUGCGGCAGGUCAAGGGCCACGAGCAAAUCCUGCAGAUCCAGACAUCCAUCCUAGAGAAUGAAAGAGAAACCAUCACUUUCUUUGCACAUGAUGACAGCAACUUCCCUGCACAGAUGGGUCCAAAAGCAUUCAAAAUCCCCUACUCUAUUAGACAACGAAUCUGUGCAACGUUUGACACACCCAACGCCAAAGGCAAGGACUGGCAGAUGUUAGCACAAAAAAACAGCAUUAACAGGAAUCUCUCCUAUUUUGCCACCCAAAGCAGCCCAUCUGCUGUCAUUCUGGACCUCUGGGAAGCCCGGCAUCAGCACGAUGGUGACCUCGACUCCCUCGCCUGUGCCCUGGAAGAAAUAGGAAGGACACACUCCAAAAUCUCAGACGUAACAGAAACUGAGAUCGAGGAGCCUGACUUCAACUACAGCAGACAGAAUGGACUUUAGUCACUUUUUUUCCAUUCCAGAACUGACGGCCAGCUUUGACUAUACACUAGAGAUUCGCGUUGGCAGGGAGGAAAUAAGGGUUUCUGCACAGUGUGCAUGGAAACAGACCCUCAUUUCCACAAUGCAGUUUUCAGUUGGAAGAGCAGAAGCAGCCCUAUUAGAAAUCAUCUCGUUCAUAAGGAAAACACAAGCUUCUCCCUGUCCUCUCUCAUUUAAAAUUCAUGUUUUAAAAUCAAAACCAAAACUACACAUCUAUCAUUCCUGGGGCAGAAAGGAGUGACAUACAGAGCCGUGAAAGGUAAAUAUUCUGACAUUAUGUAUUUAGGAAACAGUGAUGCUAAUAUAAUGCCUAGGGAAAAUCAGCAACUGUGAUACUGAAUAUUUAGAGCCCCCAGAGGUUAAUCCUAGUUGAAAGGCUUCUCUUCUUGGGGCCUGGAGUCCCCUUUGUCCUGCAUCUCUAACUGAACGCUUACACAGUGGGUUUAAAAUGUCAUUUGAGAGCAUCAUGUUGUCACUUAGGUUCUGCUACAGGAAAACGGAAAAUCUGGCCUUAUCCUGUUCAGAUGUUUGCAGAAUUAGAAGAUCUCAGAACUAUUUAAUGGAUGUCAUGUGUAUGCCAAACAAUUCCUUUUAAAAAUUCCAUCACUUAAUGAAUGUAUAUUUGCUGCAGAGCUUUCCUGCCUAUUCUGUUAACAAAAUAACAGAACAGAACCCUUCUCUGUGAAAUUAGUGUGUGUGCGUGUGUGAGAGAAAUUUUCUGAAGUUCUCGGUCUGCAAACUUUCACUUAGUCAAAAAAAUAUUUCUUUGGGGGUGGAUUUAAAUAACCAAAUAAAACACAGGAAAUUGCCAGCCCUGUUUUAGCAAUUUUACACGGUUUAUUUUUCAUUACUUCAUGUUCUGGGGCUAAACUAAAAAGUAAAGGUGAAGUCAGUCAGCCUAAGCAAGGCCUAAUUCUGGUUUAGUUUCAGUCUGAAACAAUCAACCCCACACGGUACUGCCAAAAACUGGCUUGACUUCAUUGUUCCAAUUUGGAAAUUUCACAGGAUUUAAAGCUGGCUGUGUUACACUUGGUUUAGUGACAAACAUACCGCGUUUGACACCAAAACCAGAAUCUAACUAGAGAACGCUCUUCAUUUUUAAUCCAUUUCACACAAAAAUAAUUUAUUACUUCAACUGAACCAAAAAUAGAGCUGUCACUGUGAGUGAGUGUUCUAGUGGAAACUGGUACUGAGCCAAAUUUAGCCAUUAUUUUUACUCAUACAUUCUUUGAAGUUAGCCAGGGAGCUCGUUAGCUCUGGCCCCAGGCUGUCAGCUUUGGUGACGCGAACACAGUCGUAUAAAAGCAGGAACCAAGAGCUUUAUGGAAAUGCAAGAAAUUGAAAACAGGCAUUCUGGGGGGUUUUUUACCCCCACAUUUGGCCGAGAGCAGCAUGAUAGGCCACAGGGUAGGUAUUUAGUGUGCAAAUCUUUAAUAAUCUGUAACUUGUUUCUUUACCCAAGAUUCCAGUUCUGAAAAUUAUGAACAACAACUCUUGAUGUCAGACCCCGCUUGUUCUCACUGAUCUGAAACUGCAAAUUUCACUGCUUUUCCGGCUCAGCUGGCCUGAAUAGGCCUAGACUUAUAAAUACUUAGACUUCCCCAAACAUCUUCUGCACUUUAGUAUUUCAUGCAGUCUGACAUGAGAGUUCCUGUUUGCGAUGGGAAAUCAUAAUGGCUGCGAGCAUAUUUAAGACUGAGACAAAAAUACCAGCUUAUUUGGCAGCAAGCUGUCACUGUUUUCAGCAGCACAUGGUUCUAUCUGUGUUUGAAUUAUAUUUCUAGUGACUUCCAGUCCUCCUCCUCAGAAACCUGUUCUUCAUUGGACAAAAUGUCAUGAAUUAAAAAAAAAAAAAAAUAGGGAAUGGCAUCCACAGAAAGCGCUGUCAUUGUCUGGGAAACCAGCUACAGUCACUCUCCAGCAGUCAGUUUGUUCUCAGCUUCUCCUCAGACACAGUUUUAAUGUUCAGACUAGCUUAGGUGAGCUGCCACGGCAAAGACCGAGGAACUACCCUGCAGGUGCUGUAACAUAUUCGUGUCAUUCUGAAGAGCUGUAUGUAUUUUCUCCUCUCGUUUUCCAAAUACACCUGAGCUACACACGGCAGGUGGGGUCAAAGGGAGCUGCUCCGUGAAGCUCAGACCUUAAAGCUUUUUCUCAGGAAAUGCGCAGUGUUUACUUUCAAGACUUGAGUAGCUUUGAAAAACCUCUUUGUACAGCGACACCCAACUCUGCCUAGGGAAUGCUCAGUGAAGCCUGGAGAGGGAGGAACCAGGAGGUGUCUAGACCUCCAGAGUUACACCUGAAAGGGCCUCGAGACCGGGGGUCUGGGCUGCACGCUAGAAUACACCAAGUUAGAGCCAAAAUCCAAUGAAGUCGAGUGUCUGAGUUAACGUACUGAAGAGGAAUAAAUGUCAAAGUUUCUUACAAUGACAGAAAACAUUUAGUUUUGGGCCUAAGGCAAGAUUUUAAUUUUUACAUUGCUCAACCGAGUACUGUUUCCCUUUAGGUUGUGUUUCCUGGGUUUUCUUCGUUUCUGAAGCAUCUUUGUUAGAUGAUCUUACUUCUGUGAAUCUGAAUCAGGAUUUCUCACUUUUUCUAACCUGUUUUUGGUUUGGUGCUCUUGGGUUGUUUUAGUGGACUAGAAAUGCCACAAUGCUGCUCACUUGCCUUUCUCCCAUCGGGAUGGGCUGUGCGGCAGUAACCCAACUGCCAGCCUGCAUUUCUGAUGUGACCUUCCCUAGCUGUACACCUCAGCCUUAUCGGAACUGCCAUACUACGUCAGGUGAAAAUCCAUUUAGUCUUGUACAGCGUCUCUAAUAGCGACCAGGGUUGAGUUUAGGGAAACAGUGUAGGAACCGUGCCCAGGACUAAGGGACCCCCUCAGCAGGGGGUUGCAUCGGGACCACGGAGAGUCCCGUGUACUGUCCUUCCACAAAUUGACUUUUGAACCCACUGAAACACUUGGCCUUCAUGAACAACAUCCAGGAGAAACAAGUGCCACCAUCUUCUCUUUCAUUUUUUGAAGCAGCCCUUCCUUUCCAGGCUUUCCUUCUGUUUAACACGCGCUGCCUCACAGCUGCGCCGCGUUCCCCUAGUUCUGUGUAGUAAGGAUCACUGAGUAACAGCAACCAAACCACCUUGUGGGUAGUAGGCAUUCUUCUACAAGCUUCUCUUACGCUUCAUUUCUGCUCACUCCCUUGUCUAGGCUGAAGAACCCUGGUUUAUUCUCCUUAUUUGUGCAUCCUUGCUGUUAUUCUCUGUAUUGUCUCUCGUUCUGUAUCUUUUUGGAGAUGGAGUGACCAAUCACCUGCUUUUCAACAGGAACGCAGGUGAAAUCACACAGUUCCUCCAUUUCCUCAGUUUCUUGCUGUUCCCCCAUUCAGUAUCAAUCCCAGAGGAUUAAGAUCUUGCUAUAGCAUCAGGCCACAAGAAACGCCUGCAGGAGUGCGCAGGGUGCCGGGAAACGCAGUAACCGACUCCACUAUGCAAAUUACUCCAGCUAAUCUAUCCUGAACGUCCAGAAAAUAAAACCUGUGAGGAAAAAAAAAAGUGUAGCUGAAAAAAAGACUGAAGUGACAGAGAAGACGUCAAAAUCAUUAAACAAAAAAAAAAGUCACAAGGAAAUGAUUCGUUCUCCAUGAUAACGAUGGGUAGUGGUAGGCAGUAACUGGGCAGUAACGUUAAGUCAGACUUUUGAGUGGAAAAACAGGCUAUGGGGUUUUUUGUAUUCUCUUUCCCCCGCUGCAUCUGUUGAUGACCUGAUCUGUCUGGUACAGACAUGCCUGUUUUCAGAUGCUCUCUUUCUGUUGUUUUGUGUUAGCAUCAUGGGAUGAUAUUAAUAGCACUUAGCACUGUUACUUAUCAAGGCUUAUGCCAGUUCUCCUCCCUUUUUUAUGCACAGUCCCGGUUUUAGAGAUGGAGCAAUUAAAAUGGUUUUUAGGUAAAUGCUUCUGCUGCCAUAUAAAUGAGGCAGCAACGUGGAUUUUGUCACCGUUAACAAACAGCUGAACAAUACAAGUAAAAGAUGUUAAAUGUUUGCUUCCUAUUUUCCACAGCAGAAAGCAGCUGACUGCUGCCAGCUCCCCCACAAGCCUGCUGUAAGGAUGCUUUGCCAUACAGUAUUCUCUCAGAAUGACAAUUCAGAAUUUGUAUGCAAAUGCUAUAUAAAUAGAUCCGUUGAACAUUAUUAGCAAUCUUAAAUUUCCAGAAGCACAUUUUUAACAUCUACAUUAAGAAGAUGUUUUGGAAAUCUGUAUACAUAUAUGUAUGAUCUGAUGCAAAACACAGAUGUAAAGGAGCAUCUGAAGCAGGAUUAGAGGCCGGAAAUUAAAAAUUUAUUCCUUUCCUCUGUAUUAUUAAAUUAUGAAUUUUAAAAAAUAAUGUAAAAAAAAAAAAUCUCUUCACAAGCUAGAAAGUAAACGAAAGCAAAAUGUAACGUUACACACUUAAGAUUCCAUCUAGCCGCCCUGAGUCCAAGAUGGUGAAAUAACUGUUUUGAUUUUACAUCACCAAAGAAUCUGCUCUAGUGUAUUUUCAUCUUCCUAAGCACUUUUCCCAGAUAUUUCUGUGCUGUGAGUCAUUUAAGACUAAUAGUUGCAUUUUAAAAAUGACUUACAAUUUUGUCACCAAAAUGGUGCUCUUCACAGCUCCGCCAGACUGCAGCAUCGUAAAGCUAAUUUACAGUUUUUACAACACUGCUUUCGCAGUCUUACGAGUUGCCAUUGAAAUCCUUUAAGCCACAAGGAAAGGAACCCUGCUCUGUAGAUUUAAAUUCAAACUUCAUUUACCAGUGCAAGUCCCAUAAAACCAAGAUAUACUCCCACAAAAAUUUUAUCGGGCUUUUUGUAAUAGAUGAAAAGAUAUCAACACAAGUCUCUUAAAAUACAGGGAACUAUUUUUGUUAUUAUUUUUAUCUCUGGCAGCAGCUGGCCGCCUCCUCUGGGCCUGGCACAGCUUGCUUUCAGCAGGUUAAGUGAGAAGCCUGUUGAGCAUAAAUCACUAAACCAGGGAUCUUCCUGUAGGAAUACAUGGUGUUCCCAUCAUUUUUUUUUUUUUUUUUUUUUUUUUUUUUUCACUCGAAAUAUAGUGCUGUAUGAGAGUUUUACAACUCUCAGUAACUGAUCAAUUCCAGAUACUAUUUUCCACUACACAAAGCUAUAGCUUAUGUAUACAACGAAGCUAAAACAAGUGAGGAACUGUUGUGGACUUCUGUUCGUCAUUUGAAUUUUUUUUUUCCAGUCUAUUUCUACCUAUAAAAUAUAUAUUUAAGCAAAGGGCUGCGUUAUUUCUUGGGUAGUAAUUAACCAAGUGGAAAACAGGAAACUAAUUCCUUAAGAAAGAUCUGGAGAUUUCUCUUUCUAGCCUUUCUUUUACUAACUUCAUUAUCCUUAGGAAGUUCUCCCACUUUCUCCACAGCAGUUAACAGAUGGUUAACGUUAUUCACUGAGAACCUUUCUCAUGUUAAACCUGCUGAAGGGUGUUUUCUGUGGGUUGUUCAUUUGUGCUAUGUGCGUUGGGAAGAUGACUCCCUUGACACUAUUCCUGCUUCAGAAGAGGCUGGCGGUCUUCCCGCAGCAGCAUGUAAAAUGGCACAUAUAUCCUUUCCUUGGAUAUGUAAUGAUUGCCUAGUUAAAACAGUCUCGUUAAUUACUUAAAAGAUUCCUGAUCAAGUUCAUUAACCUAAAAUACUAGGUAUGUAACACGCAAUACCUGUAGCAACAAAGAAACUCAGUAUGCUGGUAAGAGAUCAUGAAUCAUUUUCUAGUAGCGCACAGUCCAGCUCUUUUCUCUCAUUGCCAAUACUGGCGUAAGCGGUAGCAAAAAUCUCCUUUCCAACAUGAACAGAGAUAAAUAAAUCACUCUGAGAUUAAAGAAUCACUUAGAGAAUCAUUUGCUAGUAACAGUGUCUGCAAUGCAGAAAACGGAACUGAUGUUCUACUCAUUGCCGCAAGGAACAGAAAAAUCCGUCGCUAUCCAUGUUCACUGUUCUGUCCACAAAGAAAAUAAAUGUCUAGGAAUUUGCCACUAUAUUUUUUGUAUUAGAGGUGAAUAGUACAGAUUCUACUAGUGUUUCUUGUCUGGGGCUUGGGUGGGUCGGGGUGUAUUGUAAUUUUCAAGCUAUUGCAAAAGCUGCUUUUAAAUAAGCUGUUCAGUUGUAUUGAAUAACUGGUUUGUGCUUUACAAGGGAAUCCCGGGGAGCCAGGAUUCGAGGGGGAGCCUCCCUGCCUUGCUGUCACAGGGUAACUAGAGCUGAAGUCACUUGUGAAAAUUUAGCUACGGGAUAGGGAGAUUAGAUGACCCGUCCCUGAUCUGUAAUGUAGUGUACUGUAAUCUAAUGAGAUUAGACACUCACCUACUGUAGAACCGUGGUUUUGUCAGCAGCUACUUAGUUUGUCUGCCCCGGUGUGAUAACCUUGGUUGAGAAUGUACUUCUGCAGAUUUAAGAAGAUGUCAAACCCCUGUGUUAUCUGGUCUCUGUAUAUAAAUCUUAUUGUCUAAUCCCAAAAGGAAAUGUGUAGCACAUAAUGAAGUUAAGGGUGUUCUGCACCGAGCCUGGCUGAAGUUUUUUUUUCUGAUACGGCAGGAGGGGGAAGACAUGGAUCUAACAGCAAGUAUUUGCUACAGAGAACAAGAAUGUUUCCUAACAAAUGCUCACUUAGAACUGACUGAAGCUUUGUUUUUGCAGUUUAAAAAAAUGUAAGACCUGGUAUUUCCCAUACUGAAAUUUGGAACAUUAACCUGAUGAGAUCUUUUCAAGCAAUUCCUUCAGUUUUCCCCCAUUUGUGCCCUGAAGUUGGAGGGGGAGGGAGGAACAUUUUUACAUGAAGCUGUAAACUUUUGCAUUCGUUCUACUUUGAAUCUAAAACCCAGAUCCCAUUACUGAACCUCACAAAGUUCCCUGAUGCAUCAGCGCACGCACACACAGGCCUCACGGGCGAUGUGGCACGUCCAUACUGCUGGUACAGCUUUGGCAACAGCAGACUGACAUCAUAUAAUUUGUGACCUGGGAGACGCAGCUGCCUCCUCCCACCUCUGAAUCAAAUUUCAUGCCCACUGUGACUCUGCUGAUCUCAGUUGAUACAUGGGUGCAAAAACGUUAAGUUGGACACCUUUCGUUAAUUUGGGUGGAGUAAAAUGUGAUGCUGGUCAGUCUGGGGAGACCCAAGAGUGUCACGUAUGACCAGAGCUAACUGAAAAAUUUUUAUUGCACUUUCAAAACUUUUGACCAGCCUGUUGGUGAAAAGGGGAGUGGGAACUUCAACCUAAUCAAAUACAAAUUAAAUAAUAAUUUUUUUAAAAGAUAAAAAACCCACAAGUAUAUUCCUCUAGAGAGACCUAUUUUCUCUUCUGCUCCUUUAUUUUGGCAGUGAACAGGUUCUGAAAAUGUUUGUUCUUGCACUGAGCAAUUCUUCCCUCCCCCCACUUCUCCCCACAGUUUCAGUGUGUUUAGAACUGAAAAAAAAAAGAGCAGAGGUUUGAAUGCUUUCUUUAGUAUGAAGCUGAAGGAGUAGGGAAGAGAGAAGAACAUAAAACAAAAAGCAUGGCCUUGGCUUCAUACCACACUUUCUGUGCCUUGUUCUAUCAAUGUAAAUUCUGAAUGUUGUACAGUAAAAUACUUGGGAAAGACUUCUUGGAAAAGGCUGCACUGGCUUCUUUUUUCAGCACAUGUACAUAUAUAAAUAUAUAUACAUAUAUAUUUGGUAAUGCCAAACAGCUGUGUUAUAUUGUACUGAAAAAGUAAUAAUGGACAGUUUGGAUGUUUUAUGUAGAGUUUGCAAAAACUGUAUGGCUAUAGCCUUUUGAAGAUAAAUGUACAGACGUAAAUUACUGCAUAUCAGUUAUUUAUGAAUAAAGAGUCUUUUACU